GAAUGCAAGCUGUCAAGCAACUACACUGCUCUGUACAGUUUGUUACAGUGAAUUCACGGUACUCAAAGGGUCAAUGUGCCUUUUCCAUGCUCUGCACCUGAUACAUGACGCAGGAGCAUGUCCUAUCAGUUAGCACACUGGGAAUCAUAGCAGGGCAUUUGCAGGCUUGGAUGCCUACAUUUGACACAAAAUCCCCUCAAGUACCUGGUUUUCUUGUGAGUGACUGCCCAGCACCAGCAGAUUGCUCUGAAACACCCACAGUUACCAGCCUGACGAGGGAUGCUUGGCAAGAGAACAAGAAAGGAGCAAUGAAGAGGUACACAAAUGUGGACAUCCCUGGAAGCUGCUUCCUCCCUUUUAGUUUGGGAUCGACAACAGAAAAAGACCUGAGGUUAUUUAAACUGCAGUAACAGACACAAAUGGGCAACAGGCUGCAGUAGCACGGCCAUGUGGGAAAUGCACAAACUCCAUUAUCAACAAAUUAGGUAAUAAGCACGCUUUCACUUUUGCAGUAUAUACAUUUAAACAGUACUGACCUAAACCUGUACCCUAUAAACAUGUUAUACCACAUGUGUUCCUAUAGUAAAGCAGUUACGCAGCCUUACGAAGUCUUUAAUACCUGACCGAAAUCCCAGCACAAAUCCCAAAGCACUUAAAACACUACCGGAAACAAGCAAUUAACUUGUUUUUAGCAAACAUUAAGUCAUCCUUACAGUGAGCCCAUACUCAGUGGAGCGGACUGGCCAUCAGUAUAAAAGAGAUGAUUUCAGCAGAACUCCCCACCUCAGCCUCGCAGAUCCCUUCAGCCCAGUAUCGAAGCACAGCAUCCACAGAAUGAGGGGCACGGUGCUGGCGCUGGCCUUGCUUGUUCUCCUGAUUGUAGCACAGGAGGGAAAAGGUGAAGGAAACACUGUGAGGCUCUGUGGGAGAGACUUCGUCAGAGCCAUCGUCUUCACGUGUGGCGGGUCUCGGUGGAAAAGGCAUUUGACUGAUUACCACUAUCUGUUUGAGAGUGAAAACCCCCUGCCUUUCUCACAAGAGAAUGACAGUUUUGCUGACUACUUGAUGUACACAGACCAGAGGCUGGAGACUGACAGUGAAGAAAUCCACAACAUCAAGCCUGAGGCAGAGCAAGACUUACAAAACACCAGGAAAAUGUCUGUGCUAAAAAAGCGCGAAGUAGCCAAGCUGCUCACCACAUCCUGCUGCAGUAUCGGCUGCAGUGAGAGAGAUAUCAGUUCCCUCUGCUAAAACGCAG